AUUUGGUCAUUUUUUGAUGUCGGACGUACAAUGUGCACGGUCUGAUCUGUAAUUUUUUAUAUAUUUUUUUUUAUUAGUUUAUAAGCUAAUGUUAAGUCGCAAUUUUUGUAAAGGAUUUUAGAUAAUUUUCUAGUAAAUUUACAAGUAUUUGCGGCGAAAAAGAGAUAAAUUUUCAAGAUGAGGGAAAUUGUUACCGUCCAGGUUGGAGCUUGCGGUAACCAGAUUGGUGGGAAGUUCUGGGAGGUGAUAUCUGACGAGCACGGGAUCGACCCAAGCGGCGUGUACCAUGGCGACUCCGACCUCCAACUGGAGAGAAUCAAUGUGUACUAUAACGAGGCGUCCGGGGGGAAAUACGUCCCGCGCACUGUGCUGGUGGACCUGAAGCCUGCCACCAUGGACACUGUGCGUUCAGGACCUUUCGGAUGCCUCUUCAGGCCGGACAACUUCGUGUACGGACAAAACUGCGCCGCCAAUAACUGGGCCAGAGGACACUAUACUGAAGGCAUGGAAAUCUUGGAAUCAGUCUUGGACGUUAUUCGAAGAGAAGCGGAGGGCUGUGACUGCCUUCAAGGUUUUCAAACAUCACAUUCUCUUGGAGGCGGCACAGGCUCCGGACUUGGUACAUUAGUGGUCAACCGCGUCAGGGAAGAAUACCCAGAUCGUGUUAUCUCCUCAUUUUCAGUAUUCCCAAGCCCAAGAGUGUCAGACUGCGUCGUAGAGCCGUAUAACACUACGUUGUCAGUGAACCAGUUGGUCGAGAACACUGACCACACCUUCUGCUUGGACAAUGAGGCGUUGUACGACAUCUGUUUUAGAACUCUGAAGCUCACCACGCCGACAUACGGCGAUCUAAAUCACUUGGUUUGCGCGACUAUGUCUGGCAUCACGACGUGCUUGAGGUUCCCUGGGCAGCUCAACGCAGACCUGAGGAAGCUCGCCGUCAACAUGGUACCAUUCCCCAGACUCCAUUUCUACACACCAGGGUUCGCGCCUCUGACAUCGAGAGGGGCUCAGCAGUACAGAGCGCUCACAGUCCCAGAGUUAACACUGCAGAUGUUUGAUGCAAAGAACAUGAUGGUCGCAUGUGAUCCGAGGCACGGGAGAUACUUGACCGUAGCUACGAUAUUCAGAGGAAGAAUGUCGAUGAAAGAAGUUGAUGAGCAGAUACUUAAUGUACAGAAUAAGAACAGCACAUACUUUGUGGAGUGGAUUCCAAAUAAUGUGAAAAUUGCGGUUUGUGAUAUUCCACCACGAGGGUUGAAGAUGGCGUCGACAUUUAUGGGAAAUACGACAGCAAUCCAGGCUAUUUUCAAACGAGUGGGUGAGCAGUUCGUGGCAAUGUUCAGGCGGAAAGCAUUCCUGCACUGGUACACUGGUGAAGGUAUGGACGAGAUGGAGUUCACUGAAGCAGAGAGCAACAUGAACGACCUGGUGUCGGAGUACCAGCAGUACCAGGAUGCCACGGCAGACGACGAGGGAGAGUUCGAUGAAGAGGCGGAAGAAGGAAUGGAGGAAUAGCUUUAUUGGUGUUUCAAAUGUGUACGUUCUGUUUUGUCAUGAAAUAAAUCAUACCUUAUAAAUUUC